AUGGAUGCACAAGAGUCAAGAGAGAGUAUGAGAUCAGAAGCGAUCACUACCUCCUGGCUAAAAGAAGAAGAAAUGGCUCAACACUUCCAAGAAGAAAUCAAUAAGAUGGCAAGAGAGUCUAACAACCCAUGGGAUAGUGAUGACGUAGAGCAGAGCUGGUUAUCAUUUAAGAAAAUUAUUCUCGAUGCUGCUAGACUGGUAUGCGGAGAGAAAAGGGCAGGAUCUAGGUUUAAAAGAAGUCCGAUUAUGUCAAGAAGACGGUCCAGGAAAAGAAGAAAGCAUGGAGGGACUUCUUUAGCCAGAGAACACCUGCAGCCCAUGAAAAGUACAAGGAAAGAAGGAACGAGGCCAAGAUAA